CCGCGUGGUAAGGAGUUCACAUGCUUAGCUGAACGCUCUCGUACCGGGAGCAGAAGGCCGUUUUUUUCUGAGAAGGUCGAAGCUAAGCGGUUAAAUAUGUUGGUGCUGUUUGAAACCGCGGCCGGCUAUGCCAUUUUCAAGGUCCUCGAUGAGCAAAAACUCCAGCAGGUGGACUGCCUCUGGAAGGAAUUUGAAACGCCGGAAAAAGCCAAUAAAAUAGUGAAACUCAAGCACUUUGAAAAAUUCCAGGACACGACAGAAGCUCUGGCAGCGGCCACUGCUUUGGUGGAAGGUAAGCUCGGGAAGAGUUUGAAAAAGGUCCUGAAGAAGGUGGUGGCGAAGGAAGCCCACGAGCAGCUGGCCAUAACGGAUGCUAAACUGGGAGGCGUCAUCAGAGAAAAGCUAAACCUGAGCUGUGUCCAUAGCCCUGCUGUAGCUGAGCUCAUGAGGGGUAUAAGGAACCAGAUGGAGGGUCUGAUCACCGGGCUCCCUCCAAGAGAAAUCAGUGCCAUGUCUCUGGGCCUGGCACACAGCCUCUCCCGUUACAAGCUGAAAUUCAGCCCGGACAAAGUGGACACCAUGAUCGUUCAAGCCAUAUCUCUCCUGGAUGACCUGGACAAGGAGCUGAACAACUACAUCAUGCGUUGCCGCGAGUGGUAUGGCUGGCAUUUCCCCGAGCUUGGCAAGAUCAUCACUGACAACUUGGCAUACUGCAAGAGCGUCCGCAAGAUCGGUGACCGCACAAAUGUGGCAAGCACAGACCUUUCUGAGCUGCUGCCAGAGGAGGUGGAGGCAGAGGUCAAACUGGCUGCGGAGAUCUCCAUGGGGACGGAAGUGUCUGAGGAGGACAUCAGCAACAUCUUGCACCUGUGCGACCAGGUGAUCGAAAUCUCAGAGUAUCGUGCUCAGCUCUAUGACUAUCUAAAGAACCGCAUGAUGGCCAUCGCGCCCAACCUCACAGUCAUGGUGGGAGAGCUUGUGGGUGCCCGUCUCAUCUCUCAUGCUGGUUCACUGCUAAACUUGGCCAAGCACCCGGCGUCCACAGUGCAAAUUUUGGGGGCAGAGAAAGCCUUGUUCAGGGCCUUGAAAACGCGACGGGACACGCCCAAGUACGGUCUGAUCUACCACGCCUCCCUGGUAGGGCAGACCACAGCGAAGAACAAGGGCAAGAUCUCCAGGAUGCUGGCAGCCAAGACAGCCCUGGCAGUCCGCUACGACGCCCUGGGCGAAGACACCAAUGCCGAGAUGGGGGUGGAGAACAGGGCCAAGCUGGAGGCUCGACUGCGCCACCUGGAGGAGAAGGGGAUGAGACGCAUCAGCGGGUCGGGCAAAGCUCUGGCCCGGACGGACAAAUAUCAACACAAGAGUGACAUAAAAGUAUAUGACCCGUCAGGAGACUCGACGAUCCCUACCGUCUCCAGGAAGAGGAAGAUGGAGGAGGAGGAGGAAGACAAGCCUGUGGAGAUCAAGGCCAAGAAAAUAAAGACGGAAACCCCGACGGAAGCAGGAGCUGAGGUCACUGAAACAGACGCGCCCAAGAAGAAAAAGAAAAAGAAGAAGCAGGAGCAGGAUCCCGAGGAGGAGGAGGAGGAGGAGGAGGAGACGGUCAUCAGUCCAACAGAGGAGACAACAGAGAAAGGGAAGAAGAAGAAAAAGAAAGAAAAGAAACACGAGGAAGAGGCUGAGGCCGAGGAGGAAGAGGCAGCAGUCAAUCCCACAGAAGAGACAACAGAGAAGAAGAAGAAGAAGAAGAAGAAAAAAGUCAAAGAGGAGGAAGGAGAGUGAAAAAGCAAACCAGAGACAUUUUCUUCCUUUCCAGUUAACUUCUUUUUUUCCUCUCCUCCCUUGUGUCUCGGAAAUUUUAUACAUCUUGACACCAUGGGCUACAUUAACAUUGACGAACUCAAGGACUGUUAGAAUUGUGGGGAGGGGGUGUAAUUGUUUUGGGGGGGUUUUUGUUCGUGUUUUUUUUUGUUUGUUUGUUUUUUUUUGUUUUUUUUUAAUGAUUUAAUAACUUUUAACUGUACGAGAAAUACUUCAUAAUUUUGAUGGACACAUCUAAGCCCUCCAAAGGUGCAAUUCUGUGUGUCAUCUGUUUGUAGAGCUUUCAGAUGGGACUGCUAAGUGUAAUUUGCAUGCAUAUUGUAUGCAUUUUGGUUUAAACAAAAUUAUUGGCCAUGAUUUGUGUUAAGAAAACAAGCUAUUGAGUGAAAUGAGGGAGAGCUGGGGGGGGGGUUGUUUUGCAGCUUUUA